CCGCCCGCUCCCUCCCGCGGUCUAGCUGACGUGGAGAGCCGGCGGUGGCGGCUGCGGUGGCGGUGGCGGCCCGUGUCCCAGGCUCGCGGGCGCCGGGCCCCGGUGAGUGCACAGCCGGCGCGCGGCAGGGCUCCUGGAUGUGUCACCUUAUCCCGCUGCAGCCGAGAUGCCCGGGGAGUGGGGCCCUCCACACCCCCUCCAUGGGUGUGUGGAUCGUGCACCAUGGAUGAUUUUGUGGAGGGAGAUUUCACUGUAGCAGAUUAUGCCUUGUUAGAAGAUUGCCCUUAUGUGGAUGAUUGUGUCUUUGCUCCUGAAUUUAUGACUGAUGAUUAUGUUCGUGUGACUCAACUAUACUGUAAUGGGGUGGGUAUGCAGUAUAAAGACUAUGCCCAAAGUCAGAGAAAUUUUGAAUUUGACAUCUGCAGUAUAUGGUGCAGUAAACCAAUUUCUGUCCGGCAAGAUUAUUGUGAUGCCAUUAAAAUAAACAUCUUCUGGCCACUUCUGUUUCAACAUCAAAACAAUUCUAUAAUAUCACGAUUGCAUCCCUGUCUGGAAACCAACAAUUCUCGUGCUUCUGAGAUAAGUUUGAAGAAAUUACAACAUCUUGAGUUGAUGGAAGAUAUUGUGGAUUUGGCAAAGAAAGUUGCUAAUGAUUCAUUCCUUAUUGGAGGUUUAUUGAGAAUUGGUUAUAAGAUAGAAAAUAAAAUCUUGGCAAUGGAAGAAGCUUUGAACUGGAUAAAAUAUGCAGGCGAUGUAACAAUUCUAACUAAAUUAGGAUCGGUUGAUAAUUGUUGGCCUAUGUUAAGAGUUUUCUUUACUGAAUAUAAGCAUCACAUAACUAAAGUUAUAACAGAAAACUGUGAUUUGCUGGAAGAAUUUAAAGCCCAAAGUUGUGCGGAUUGUAUAGAGCAAGGAGAAUUAAUGAAAAUGAAAGGAAAUGAAGAGUUUGCCAAAGGAAGAUUUGAUAUAGCUAUUAUCUAUUACACCAGAGCCAUUGAAUAUAGACCUGAAAACCACCUUCUUUAUGGUAACCGAGCUCUUUGUUUUCUUCGUACUGGACAGUUUAGAAAUGCACUUGGUGAUGGAAAGAGAGCCACUAUUCUGAAGAGCACUUGGCCAAAGGGCCAUUAUCGUUAUUGUGAUGCUCUUUCUAUGCUGGGGGAAUAUGACUGGGCCCUUCAAGCAAACAUAAAAGCUCAAAAACUCUGUAAAAAUGACCCUGAGGGAAUCAAGGAUCUAAUUCAGCAGCAUGUAAAGUUACAAAAACAAAUAGAAGACCUGCAAGGUCGAACACCAAAUAAGAAUCCAAUUAAAGCCUUUUAUGAGAGUAGGGCCUACACUUCUAAGAGUUUGUCACCACCUACAUUUAGUACUUCACUUAACUUUGUGGAGAAGGAAAGAAAUUUCAGAAAAACUAAGCACGCAAUGGCAAACGGUGGUAAUCAGAAUCUAAAGGUGGUAGAUGAGGCUUUGAAGGUAGAUGAUUGUGACUGUCAUCCUGAAUUUCCACCACCAUCAAGUCAGCCUCCAAAACAUAAAGGAAAACAAAAAUCCCGAAACAAUGAAUCAGAGAAGUUCAGUUCUAAUUCACAGUUGACUUUACCAGUAGAUUUGAAAAACAUCUUAGAGAAACAAUUUUCAAAAUCUUCCAGAGCUGCACACCAGGAUUUUGCUAAUAUAAUGAAAAUGCUGAGAAGUUUAAUUCAAGAUGGUUACACAGCCUUGUUGGAGCAGCGUUGCCGCAGUGCUGUACAGGCUUUUACAGAGUUGCUGAAUGGUUUAGAUCCUCAAAAAAUAAAGCAAUUGAACCUGGCCAUGAUUAACUAUGUCUUAGUAGUCUAUGGACUUGCCAUUUCUCUUCUUGGAAUAGGACAACCUGAGGAAUUAUCUGAAGCUGAAAACCAGUUCAAGAGGAUUAUUGAACACUACCCCAAUGAGGGCCUUGAUUGCUUGGCCUACUGUGGAAUUGGAAAAGUAUAUUUGAAGAAAAACAGAUUUCUAGAAGCUCUCAAUCACUUUGAGAAAGCGAAAACCUUGAUCUACCGUCUUCCUGGAGUGUUAACUUGGCCCACAAGUAAUGUGAUUAUUGAAGAGUCUCAGCCAGAGAAAAUAAAGAUGCUGUUAGAAAAAUUUGUUGAAGAAUGCAAAUUCCCUCCAGUGCCAGAUGCCAUUUGCUGCUAUCAGAAGUGCCGUGGAUAUUCCAAAAUACAGAUAUACAUAACUGAUCCAGACUUUAAGGGUUUUAUACGUAUCAGCUGUUGCCAAUACUGUAAAAUAGAAUUUCACUUGAACUGCUGGAAGAAAUUGAAAACAACAACCUUUAAUGAUAAAAUUGACAAGGAUUUUUUACAAGGUAUUUGCCUGACUCCUGACUGUGAAGGUAUCAUUUCUAAGAUUAUCAUCUUCAGCAGUGGUGGUCAAGUUAAAUGCGAAUUUGAACACAAGGUCAUAAAAGAAAAGGUUCCUUCAAGACCUAUUCUGAAACAGAAAUGUUCUAGCCUAGAAAAGCUAAGGCUGAAGGAAGACAAAAAAUUGAAGAGAAAGAUCCAAAAAAUAGAAGCAAAAAGAUUAGCAGAAGAAAGAAUGAAAGAGGACUUAAGAGAAAGUAAUCCACCCAAAAAUGAAGAGCAGAAAGAUACUGUAGACAGUAUUCAGAGCUGUCAGUUCCUUGAUGACAGAAUUCUACAGUGCAUAAAGCAGUAUGCUGACAAGAUUAAAUCUGGUAUACUGAAUACUUCCAAGCUUCUCAAAGAGUUGCUUUCUUGGAAAGUUUUGAGCACAGAAGACUAUACAACCUGUUUCUCUAGCAGAAAUUUUCUAAAUGAAGCAGUGGACUAUGUCAUUUGUCACUUGAUUCAAGAGAAGAAUAGAGUAAAAACAAGGAUAUUUCUGCAUGUUUUAAGUGAGCUUAAAGAAGUGGAACCUAAAUUAGCCACUUGGAUCCAGAAACUUAAUAGCUUUGGCUUAGAUGCCACAGGACCUUUUUUUUCUCGCUUUGGAGCAUCUCUUAAAGAGCUUGAUUUUAGUAUCAUGACUUUUCUCUGGAAUGAGAAGUAUGGUCAUAAACUAGGCUCUAUAGAAGGAAAGAAGCUUGAUUACUUCUAUGAGCCAACAUCAUUGAAGGAAGCACGUUGUUUAAUAUGGCUGCUGGAAGAACACAGGGACAAGUUCCCAGCACUGCACAGUGCUUUAGAUGAAUUCUUUGAUAUAAUGGAUAGUCGCUGUACUGUGUUAAGGAAGCAAGACAGUGGUGAUGCACUGUUUAGUUAUACCAAGAUAAAAAACAAAGGAAAGAAAAAGAAGCCAAAAGAUUCAAAGCCUAUGUUAGUUGGGUCUGGAACAACUUCAGUAACACCAAAUGAGACUUCAGGUGAAAACCAUAACAGAAGAAAUUCAGAUUCUGCAGGCCCAUUUGCAGUGCCUAACCAUCUUCGGCAAGAUGUGGAAGAAUUUGAAGCUCUCUAUGACCAGCACAGUAACGAAUAUGUUGUCCGCAACAAGAAGUUAUGGGACAUUAACCCAAAACAAAAAUGUUCAACUCUCUAUGAUUACUUCUCUCAGUUGUUGGAGGAACAUGGUCCUUUGGACAUGAGUAACAAGAUGUUCUCUGAAGAAUAUGAGUUUUUCCCGGAAGAAACACGACAGAUAUUAGAAAAAGCAGGAGGUUUAAAAUCUUUUCUCCUGGGAUGUCCUCGUUUUGUUGUGAUUGACAACUGUAUUGCACUGAAAAAAGUUGCAUUACGGCUCAAGAAGAAAAGAAAGAAGAAAAACAUUAAAACAAAAGUAGAAGAAAUUUCAAAAACAGGAGAGUAUUUACGAGUUAAACUACCACUGAAUCCAGCUGCUAGGGAAUUUAAACCAGAUGUAAAGUCCAAACCAGAGUCUGAUUUAUCUUCACCAUCAGCUUCUGAGGAUGUGAAGCCCAAACCUCUGCCUGCUAAUUCUCCCAAACCCACUUGUGAAGAUACAAAGCCCAAACUGGUAUCUGAUGAUUCCUCUAAAUCAGUUUCUGAGGAUGGGAAAUCCAGUGAGGUCACUGCUGAUUCUCCCAGACCAGUCUCGGAGGACGCAAAUCACCAGCAAGCCGAAUCUGAUUCUCCUAAACCAGUUCCUGAGGACGUGAAACCAACCUACUGGACUCAAUCCCAUUUGGUCACAGGAUACUGCGCAUAUCUUCCUUUUCAUGGAUUUGACAUCACCCAGGCAGCUCCAGCCUACAUAAACGUGUUGACCAGUUUGCCCCGGUACGCUGGCCUGUACACACCUUUGGCCAACAUUUCUUCUGAAUAUCAGCUGCAAACACCAGUAUCAGUAGUAUCAACUUUUGUAGCUGAUGACAGAGCAGAAAAAAAUCCUGCAUAUUUUGAGGGUCAUCAUUUGAAUACUGAAAGUGCCACUUGUAACCAGAUUGCUUUGGGAACACAGAUCCUUGAGGACUCUUUGGGAAGAUCUCUAAAGUCACAGUGCACCACAGAUGAUGCUGAUACAGCCCCAAGCGAGUCUAACAGAAAUAAUGGACACUGUGAGAAUUCUAACAAUGAAUGUGAAGUAAAUCCAGAAAGUACCAAUGCAGUAACAGAUAUUCUACGUACACAGACUGUUGCUGUACAGGUUUCUUGGAACAUAGCAUACCAAGAAGUCAAUACUGAGCCAUACGAUCCUUUUGAGGCAAAACAUGGGGAAAUUGCAGAGAUUGAAAAAGAGUACCAAGUAUUACAAGAGCAACUUAAAGAAGCAUGUGAAAAUUAUGAGCAGAUAAAACUUAAGAGCUCAGAAGAGACCAGGGACCUGGAAGAAAAGUUGAAAAGGAACUUAGAAGAAAACCAGAUCUCAAAGACAGAAUUAGAUUGGUUCCUCCAAGAUUUGGAAACAGAAAUUAAAAAAUGGCAACAGGAGAGAAAAGAUAUUCAAGAUAGACUAAAAGCACUAAAGAAGAAAAUAAAAAAGAUUUCAAGUGGAAGUGAAACGUAUACCCAGAAAAAUGACGGCAGUGAUACGGAACAUGAAUUACAUCUGGAUCAGUCUCUUGAAAACAGUAAUACAUUUACAAAGGAGAAAAUGAAACUAGAAGAGUGUAUAAAGAAAGGGAAAGAGCAUUAUGAAGAGAGUCAUCAAAGAGCUGUGGCUGCAGAGAUAUCUGUGCUUGAAAACUGGAAGAAGAGCGAAGUGUGUAAACUGCAGAUCAUGGAAUCUCAAGCAGAAGCCUGUCUGAAGAACCUGGAGCUGAUGAGUGAUUCUACAACAUACCCCGACGUGGAGUCUGAUAUAUGUUCAUGGAAAUCAUUUCUUUCUAAUGUUACAAAAGAAAUUGAGAAAGCAAAAAGUCAGUUUGAAGAACAAAUUAAGGCAAUUAAAAAUGGUUCUCAGCUCAGCAAACUUUCUAAAGUGCAGAUUUCUGAGCUGUCGUUUCCUACCUGUCACACAAUUCAUCCUUCGUCACACCCUGAGUCUUCAGGCUGUGAUGACCAAGGCUCUGUGACUUCACCAAGUGACACAGCUGGAGACCAAAUGGUGGCUCAUGAGGGGCUAGGUCUCCUCUUUGCCAGUGACUGCCCAGUGGAGGCUUCUCCUGCACUGUUGCCAGGGCCGCCCUCCUGUCAGCCUACAGUUGCUCAGCCAUCGGAAUGCAAGCGGGCUGGCCAGGUGGCACCAUCAAAACACAGCCUUGUGGUGGAUCCUGUCCCUGCUCCUUCAGGACACGCUGCUGGUACAAGCCAGUCUCCAAAAAAGCCAUUCAACAGUAUCAUUGAGCACCUGUCUGUGGUGUUCCCGUGCUACAACAGUACCGAGCUUGCUGGUUUUAUUAAAAAAGUGCGAAACAAAAACAAGAACUCACUGUCAGGAUUGAGUAUUGAUGAAAUUGUCCAAAGAGUGACGGAACACAUUCUAGAUGAACAGAAAAAGAAAAAGCCAAAUCCUGGGAAGGACAAGAGGACACCUGAGCCCAGCUCUGCAGCUUCUGUGACCAGGUUGUCCCAGGUGAUUGUCGGACCAUCACCCAAAACCAAGGGGCAGAAAACAGAAGAUAUCCCUUCAUCAGGCACAAGUUCCUGUGAAUUAUGCCAUGAGAUGUUCAAAUCAAAAAAUGUGCGUGUGCUGAAAUGCGGACACAAGUAUCACAAAGGGUGCUUUAAGCAGUGGCUUAAAGGGCAGAGCACUUGCCCGGCCUGCCGGGAUUGGGAUCUCCUGUCAGAAGAGUAGCCUGCACCACCUGGAAGAGGGCAGCCCAGUGGAAACCAGGGGCUGUCUUCCUGCUGCAGGUAGUCACACUCACUGAAGAGUGGAGCGCUGGCGCACUGAAUCGGGAGAAUGGCAGUGUGCUGCCUUUGAUACGAAGAGCAAACAUCGGAAGGCCCUCCUGUGUUGUGUCACUCAGCUAAUAACUGGAACUCUUUAGUAUAAUUGAUAUUAACUCAUUUUCCCACUCAGAUAAACACUUCAAUGACAGCCCAAGUAGCAGCCAGUAGAGUGACAUGGAACCACAUUCUUGCCUUGUCAUUGAUGGGCUGCUGCAGAGGUGCUCUUUGAGGUGGUGGCUUCUUUUGGAUAAUAUUGAGUGGCUCAAAGCAGUAUUUGAGUUACAAGAAGUCCUAAUGUACUCAGUGCACCAGGUUUCCCUUUUGUGUUUGAAAAACCUGUUCUAAUAGCUCCACAAGAGAGAUUAUAUUGACCUUUUAAAAGUUUUUAUAAGAUUCUGUAUUCCUGAAAAUGUGCCAACAUUUUUCCUUAAAGAUUCUACAUUUUAAAAAUGGCCAUAAAGCAAACUACAUUUUAAUAAUUUAUAGUUAAUCUGAAAAUAUUGGCUGAUUUAGACCAAAAGAUUCAAAUCUUCUCUUUGUGAAAUGCCAUGUGCUUUCAGUUUUUCAUUUUGUUAUUUUAUUUAACUCUGUUACAUAUUUUUUAAAUGUUUAUUUUUUCAUCAUUUCAAGGUAUAAUCUGAUUUCUGAUAAUCAAUUCCAAAACAUUGUUUUGUUAGUAUCAACCAAGACUUUCUAUCCCUGAAGUUGAGGCUACAUAUUCAUCCUAUUCAUCCUCCCAGCUCCAUGUUGGGGACUUAACGCCACCUCGAAUCCUCUGCCCUUAGCAGCACCAUUUGUCCUUGGUGGCUUAGCCUUGGUGAGUCAGGCAACAGGUUCUUGGGUGUCUCCUGGCAGCACAGUGUGGCCCCCCACUUCCCCGCAGGCUGUAUGUGGAAACAUUUGCCAUCAUUCUUCUUCCUGUCUUGCCACCAAAAAGAGAAACUGUGUCAUUAGACAAUCCUGAGGUGUCUGUUUUACAGUCCUUCUGUUUUUGACCUUUGUGAAGUAAUGCAUGCAAUCUUGUACUGUGACCUGAGAUCAAAACUGUAACUGCUUUAAAACAUUUAAAAAUUAGAUAUUGUUUUGUGGCUUACACACAGUGGUAAAUAUAGAAAUAAUGAAUCCUGAACACAUUCCAUUUCUCUCAAACAUGAAGGAUCAAAAAAUGUUUGUCAGUGUGUUCUUUGUUCCUCUGGAAACUUAAGAGUCACACAUUUUUGAGCUGAUUGGUCACCUUCCUCUGUCUUUGUUCACUGUGAGUUUUGAUAUCUUAGGUGACUUAGUCUGUAGAAGCUCACUCCUUAUCCUGAAACAGGUCCUCCACGGUGGGCCCCCCUAACACACUAACUACAUAUUCAUAAGAAUUGAGAGCUGUGGAUAUUAAAAUAAAGACCAGGUUGUAGCAACAAAAACAAAGAAGAGGGCAUCUGAGUGAAAGUGUGUUUGUACGUGACUUCAGACCCUUGUGCACAUACCUUACAUUUAUCCAGUAAUAGAAUAAAGAGCAUUCUAAAACAGGAA